AUGUCAGAAUCUGAUUCUCAAGUCAUAAGUCGCAUGAACGCAUACGUAGUGCCGUCAUACAUACCAAAAGACGCACCAAGAGGCCCAGCUGCCAUGCGAGUGUCUCGUCCAACUCAAGACGAAGCCCAUGAUGAAAUCAACGACUGGUUAGAGUCGGGGCUACAGUCGUAUACAGAAGAGGGCCAGCGCAUUCGUGAUGCUUCGAACGGCGUCCAUCUACCAAAGCGUUCGACCGCGCUGACGAGCACGGCGGAGGUUGUUGGUAGACGUGAAGAGCCCGAAUCAGCUUCGCCGCCUCCUGCCUACCCUGAAGAACCUCCCGUGCCGCUCAAUGGAGACAACGCGAUCGUUUCCGCCCGCUCACAUGAGUCCAGGCAGUUUGGUGGGAUCGUCCGUCACAUCGCCGUCAGCGGUGACUACAACAACAUCCACUUGAACACCGGUACUGGGCAGCAGAAUAUCGCGCAUUACGACUAUCGCAGAUAUCGAGAUGAAGAGACUGCUCAGGAAUAUCACGAUGCUGGGAACGGCGGUGGCGGCGACGAAGGCUACGAUGGUGCGAACGAGGGCCGCAACGACCACGAAAAUGGUCAGGAAUACAGCCCAGAAUAUCGUUCGCCAGUAGGCGGCCGAGACGAUCGAGAUGGCUGGGGUGACGAUCGCUACGAUGAAGGGUACAACGGUCGUGAUGAUCGCCAAUAUGAUGAUUACGAUGAGAGGUACGAGCGUCGUGGCCGUCGCAACACGCCUGCACGUGACAGCCGGGCUGGUGCGCGCUACGAUGAUGACGACGGAUAUGGGAGUCACGGAAGUGACUAUAGCUAUGGUGAUGAGAGUGAGUACAGUGACUGGUAG